UGGCGCUGGUUUGAUUUCCUAGGGAAGACUGGCGCGCGGGUGUGUGGUCCCUCUUGUUUUGCGUCACGGGGUUAAGGCUUCCCCUCUUUCACGCACACGCCUUCCUCCUUUUCCUCUUCUGCCUGAGCCUGUUCUCCUCUGCCCUCCCAUCUGCCGCCAGGUAACUCUGCAGCCAGGAUAUUUAAAAUAGAACCCGGUGUCUCCUGGAAGAGGAAUAUUCCUCAAAAAUGUCUCGGAUAGAUAAAAUGAGUAUUCUUGGAGUGCGGAGCUUUGGUAUUGAGGACAAAGACAAGCAAGUGAUCAGUUUCUUUAAUCCUUUAACCAUCUUGGUGGGCCCAAAUGGUGCUGGAAAAACGACAAUCAUAGAAUGCCUCAAGUAUAUUUGCACUGGGGACUUCCCUCCUGGCACCAAAGGAAAUUCAUUUGUCCAUGACCCAAAAGUUGCCCAUGAAACAGAUGUCAGAGCUCAGAUUCGGCUUCAAUUUCGUGAUGUUAAUGGAGAGCUUCUAGCUGUCCAACGAUCCAUGGUAUGCACUCAGAAAGGAAAGAAAACAGAAUUUAAAACUCUUGAAGGAGUCAUUACCAGAACAAAACAUGGAGACAAGGUCAGUCUGAGCUCUAAAUGUGCAGAAAUCGACCGAGAGAUGAUCAGUGCUCUUGGUGUAUCCAAGUCUGUGCUUAACAAUGUCAUCUUCUGCCACCAAGAAGAAUCCAACUGGCCUUUAAGUGAAGGAAAGGCUCUGAAACAAAAAUUUGAUGAGAUCUUUUCAGCAACAAGGUACAUUAAGGCUUUGGAAACACUUCGUCAAGUACGUCUGAAGCAAGCCCAGCGGGUGAAAGAGUGUCAGGUGGAGCUGAGGUACUUGAAACAGAACAAAGAAAAAGCCAACGAAAUUCAGAACCAGCUCACUAGCAGAGAAACUCAGUUAGCGGCCUCCAAGGAAAAUGUCAGGUCUAUUGAGAGCCAACUUGAACCUCUAAAGAAUCGUCUGACGGAAAUAGAACAGAAUCUUGUGAAAGUAAUGAAACUUGACAAUGACAUCAAAGCUCUGGAAAGUCGGAAAAAGCAGAUGGAAAAGGAUAAUCAAGAUUUGCAACAGAAGAUGGAAAAGGUUUUUCAAGGAACUGACGAACAACUUAGAGAAAUGUAUCAAAACCACCAGAAAACUGUGAGAGAAAAGGAGAGGAGAUUAGCAGAAUGUCAGAGAGAGCUGGAAAGAGCAAACAAAGAAUGCCAAAGAUUCAAUAGAGAAAAAUCAGAACUAUUGGUUGAACAAGGUCGCCUUCAACUGCAAGCAGAUCGCCACCAGCAGCAAAUCAGAACAAGAGAUUCCUUAAUUCAGUCUUUGGCAGCUCAGUUGGAACUGGAAGGAUUUAAAAGAGCACCUUUUAAUGAAAGGCAAAUCAACAGUUUUCACAGCCUUGUGAAGGAAAGACAGGACAAAGACAAGGCAACAGCUGAUCAGUUGGUGAGAGAAUUUGAGGAGAAGGAGGCAACAAAGCAGAAGCAAAUCGAUGAAAUAAGGGAUAAAAAAACUGGACUUGAAAGAACUAUUGAGCUGAAGUCAGACAUUCAGAAUAAAAAAAGGUUUGAAGUAAAGAACCUGAAACAAGAAUUACAACAGCUAGAAGGGUCUUCAGAUCGACUUCUAGAACUAGAUCAAGAACUUGCCAAGGCGAAUCAUGAACUAGAUGAAGCUGAAAAAAACUGCAAGGUUGACAUCCUGGAAAAAGAAAUAAAGGAGCUUCAAAAAGAGAAGUCAGAUUUGGAUGGUAUUCUUCGAAAGCUGGAUAAGGAGAUGGAACAGUUGAACUUAAAUACAGCAAUUAUAACUCAAAUGGACAUGCUGAAGAAAGAUAAAGCUGACAAAGAAGAGCAAAUCAGAAAAAUAAAGUCCAGACACAAUGAAGAGUUAAUCUCCUUACUCGGCUAUUUCCCAAAUAAACGACAGCUCGAAGAUUGGCUUCACUCUAAAAUGAAAGAAAUUAAUCAGACAAGAGACAGACUUGCCAAACUCAACAAAGAACUUGUUUCAGUCGAGCAAAACAAAAAUCAUAUUAGCACUGAAUUAAGGAAGAAAGAAGAGCAGCUGUCCAGUUAUGAAGAACAGCUUUUUGAUGUCUGUGGAAGCCAGGAUUUUGAAAGUGAUCUUUAUAGACUUCUGGAAGACAUUGAAAAAACAUCCAAGCAGCGAGCCAUGCUUGCUGGGGCCACGGCAGUGUAUUCGCAAUUCAUCACACAAUUAACAGAUGAAAACCAGUCCUGUUGUCCAGUUUGCCAAAGGGUCUUUGCAACAGAGUCAGAACUGCAGGAAGUGAUCGAUGAUCUUCAGAAGAAACUGCGCCUUGCUCCAGACAAACUGAAGACAACGGAGUCAGAGCUUAAGAGGAGAGAGAAGAGACGGGAUGAAAUGAUGUCACUCAAACCUGUCAGGAAAACCAUAUCUGAACUCCAAGAAAAGGACAUACCGGACUUAAGGAACAAGCUGCAGUCUCUCAACAGAGAGAUCCAGCGUCUUAAGGGUGAAAUAGAAGAGCAGGAAACGCUCUUGGCGACUAUCAUGCCUGAGGAAGAAAGUGCUAAAGCAUGUCUCCAAGAUAUUACACUAAUGGAAAGAUAUCAGACUGAUCUGAGGGAUGUUGAGAGAAAAAUUGCUCAGCAUGCUACUAAGCUGGAGGGUGUGGAUUUAGGUCGGACACUUCUACAAGUGAGCCAGGAAAAGCAAGAGAAAAAGCAUCAGUGGGACACAGUUACUGGCAAAAUUGAAUUGAAGCAGACUCUUAAACAAGAUCAGCAAAGCCAGAUCCAGAGUCUAAAGAGUGCAGUGAAUGAGCUGAAAGCAGAGAAACUUCAACUCUGUAGCCGUUUGCAGCGUCGACAGCAACUGGAAGACCAGACGGUGGAGCUGACGACUGAGGUGCAGUCAAUGAACAGGGAAAUCAAGGAAGCAAAGGAGCAGAUCUCCCCUUUGGAAACAACUUUAAUAAAGCUGCAACAAGAAAAAGAAACACUGAUGAACAAAAAGAACACAAGUUGCAGGGAAACACAGGAAAAGAUAAAUGACAUUAAAGACAAGGUUAGAAACAUCAACUGCCACAUAAAAGAGAUUGAAAAUUACAUCAAAGAAGGAAAGGAAGAAUACAAGCAGCAAAAGGAAUCUGAACUUGAUGAAGUCAAGGUCCAGCUAGAAGAAUGUGAGAGAAAGAAAGAGAAGAUAAAUAAAGAAACUGGAACAAUUCGACAAGACAUUGAUACUCAAAAGAUUCAGGAACGGUGGUUAGAAGAUAAUCUUACUUUAAGAAAAAGAAAUGAAGAUCUAAAAGAAGUUGAAGAUAACAUAAAGCAAUAUCGGAAGGAGAUGGGCGAAAUGCAUGUUCCGCAGCUGAAAAAAGACCGUGAGCAUUUAGAGGGGAGAAUAGAAGAACUGAAAAGAAACCACAGCUUAGCCCUUGGCCGUCAGCAUGGAUUUGAGGAAGAGAUCCUUAGGUAUAAGAAAGAGCUGAGAGAUCCGCAGUUUAAAGAUGCUGAAGAGAAAUACAGAGAAAUGAUGAUAGUUAUGAGAACAACAGAACUGGCAAACAAGGAUCUUGACAUUUACUACAAAGCUCUAGAUCAAGCAAUAAUGACAUUUCACAGCAUGAAAAUGGAAGAAAUCAACAAAACAAUUCGUGAUCUUUGGCGGAGUACUUACAGAGGACAAGAUAUUGAAUACAUCGAAAUUCGAUCUGAUGCAGAUGAGAAUGUUUCUGCUUCUGACAAGAGGAGGAGCUACAAUUACAGAGUAGUAAUGAUAAAAGGAGACACUGCUCUAGACAUGAGGGGCAGAUGCAGUGCAGGCCAAAAGGUGCUCGCUUCCCUCAUUAUCCGCCUUGCUCUAGCAGAAUCUUUUUGUCUCAACUGUGGCAUUCUGGCCCUUGAUGAGCCCACCACCAACCUUGACAGGGAGAAUAUUGAGUCUCUUGCACAUGCUUUGGUUGAAAUAAUCAAAAGUAGAUCCCAGCAACGAAACUUUCAGCUACUUGUGAUUACACAUGACGAAGAUUUUGUGGAACUUUUGAGUCGUUCUGAAUAUGUGGAAAAGUUCUACAGAAUUAAGAAGAAUCUUGAACAGUGUUCUGAAAUUGUAAAAUGUAAUGUCACCUCUUUGGGAUCAUAUCUUCAUUAGAAUUUGUAAAAUAGUUUGUAUAUGAGCACUCCUUUAACGCAUUCUGUGAUAAAAAAAUAAGAUUUUUAUUUGGUUAGAUAAGCUGUAUUCUUUUGAUUUGUAUCAAACAGUUGCAUUACCAGAACAAAAAAAUGUUAAACUAUGCACACAGCAGUGGUGAAAAGCAUAUUUCAAAUGUUUUUUUAAAAUUGUCCAAAAGCAUGUCUCAACUUUUGGGAAAACCUAAUGAGAAGAAUCUUGGAUUGAUGGACUGGUGAAUCUUGGACCCAGCCAAAUAUAUAUAUACAGGGUGUCCAUAAAGUCUCUUUACCAAACUUUAGACAAUCCCAAAGUUUGGACCUCCAAAGUUUGGACUUACCUAGAAGUGUCAGCCAGUUUGGUCAACAGGAAUUCUGGGAACUGAAGUCCAAAACAUUUGGAAGAUUCAAGGUUUGGAAAUCACUAACUUAAGAUGAAUUCUGAGAUUCUAUUAAAAAUCCCUUCACUACCAACCAUGUCAAAAUGUCUAGUAGCUAGCUACACUAAACAAAUUGAUAAAAUUAGCCCUCCUUGUACACCCUAGAAUCAACCUUUGCAGUAAAUGCCAAAAUAGCAGUUGUAUUGAAACACUUGCAUAUUAAAUGUUUGGAGUGACUUUAAGGAGAUUAAUUUUUAUUACAUUUCUGUAAAAAGGGCAGUGAUUUAUUACAGUAUUUUGCACACCUCUCAAAUUCUUUAUUCUAGCGUUUUCAUUCUAUGAAACUUGAGUUACGAGCUUGGCAAAGCCUUAAACUAGGUAUUUUGGGACACGUUUUUUUUUUAUUUCUCCAUACCGCAUAUUAUUUUAAUAUGAUUAGUAAGCACCCAUGUCAUUUGUUUAAUCGUAGAAACUUCCUGUGAUAUGGAUCCAAACUAAGAAUAGAAGCAAAUGUUUUCAAAAAGAAACCAAGAUACUGUGCACUGUGACAUGGGUCCUAAUAUUUACCAGCUCUUGAUAAUUUUCACUAUAAACAUUUUAAUGCUAAUGGCUAACACAAAUACCGAGUCUCCAUAAAAUGUAUAUCCUACAUUCAAGCUGAGUUACAACCUAACAUACGGUAUAAGCAUGUAGAAGGAUGGGCUAUGUGGCCAUGCUUUUGAUAUCCACUGUUAUCUGCUGUGGCAUUUCAGAAGGCCUUGUUUGACUUCUAAUCUCUCAGUGAGGGCAAAGAAGGGGUUUAAGAGCACAGGUUGAGUAUCUCUUAUCCAGAAUUUGAACCCUGAAAUAAUUGAAAACCACAUCGGUGACUGAAAUAGGGACACCGUUACUUUCUGAUGGUUCAGUGUACACAAAAUUCGUUUUAUGCACAAAAUUAUUACAAAUAUUGUAUAAAACUACAUUUGCUGUAUAUUUUUAAGUAUCUAUGAAACAUACAUGAAUGUCAUGUUUAGACUUGGGUUCCAUCUCCAAGAUCUUAUUGUGUCCUGUAUGCAAAUACAGCUAUCCUGAAAUCCAAAACAUUUUUGGUCCCAAACAAUCCAGACAAGGAAUAUUUAGCUUAUAUCUCCUUUAGAUAAUUGUUUUGACCAGGUACUUUAUGGGAAGAGAAGUGUCUCAGAGCUGAUAGCCACAGUAAAGAAGUUAACUUCCAUUAUUGUGAGCCUGAAUACCUAAAUGCAGGUGCAAAGUCCAAAAGAAAAAGGAGGGUCUUGAAAAUGCAACCCAUGUCACAGCUUCCAUGAAAGUUUAUACAUAAGAGAGAUAUGAAGUUCUGAUAAGGAAAAAAGAGGUAGGCAGCAGAAGUUAUCACUGAUGUAACAUGGAACAAGGAGCCUCCAUUGGUGCAAUUAAACCCUUGUGCCAGCAGGACUGAUGACCGACAGGUCGGAGGUUCAAAUCCAGGGAGAGCACGGAUGAGUUUCCUCUGUCAGCUCCAGCUCCCCAUGCGGGGACAUGAGAGAAGCCUCCCACAAAGAUGGUAAAACAUAAAAAAAACAUCCAGGCAUCUCCUGGGCAAUGUCCUUGCAGAUGGCCAAUUCUCUCACACUUGAAGCAACUUGCAGUUUCUCAAAUUGCUCCUAAAACAAAACAAAACAUUUAACAGAUUUAUCAAAAAUCAGCUAGGGGCUCUAAAGCACUGUUUCUUAAACUGUGGAUCCAAAUGUGGGUAAAUGUGGUCCCUGUAGCUCAAUGCUGGGGUCCCAUUUUUUUUUCUGAACAUCACCAAGUUACCGUUGUAGACAUUAACACACAUUGGUUAUGCAGUGUUUAUAGUAGACUCUACAGAAGUUACUUCAGCUGUAUUUCAUAAAAAAAGAAAA